CCUUGAGUCGCAGUGGUUACGUACUGCUGACGCCACUGUGUUUGGGUUCGGGGAGAGGGUUAAAGUAUCCGAGAGCAGAAGAAUGGAAAGAAGGCUGAGUUUUAAAAAUAGCAACCUUCUUUAAUGUGUUUGCAAAGGCUGAGAAAGCAUCAGUCUUGACAGACGAAGAUGAGCAAGAAGCCCCCAAAUCGUCCAGGAAUCACAUUUGAAGUUGGUGCCAGAGUUGAGGCUCAGGAUUACUUACAAAAAUGGUACCCUUCUCGCAUUGAGAAGAUAGACUAUGAUGAAGGAAAAAUGCUUGUUCAUUUCGACCGCUGGAGCCAUCGCUAUGAUGAGUGGAUCUUCUGGGACAGCAACAGGCUUCGUCCUUUGGAGAGAACAGCACUCCGCAAAGAGGGACUCAAGGAUGAAGAGGAGAUAUCUGAGAGACUCGGUGAGAUAAGAACAUCUCGCUAUCGUGAGCCUCCUGGAUGUACGGAGAGCAGAGAGGACCAAACAGAGUUACCACAGUCAAGACAAGUUUUGAAGGAUGGAGAGGAAGUGCUGGCACGAUGGACAGAUUGCCGUUACUACCCUGCUAAGAUUGAAACUGUAAACAAAGAAGGUACUUAUACAGUGCAGUUCUACGAUGGGGUUAUUCGCUGUGUGAAAAGAAUGCAUAUCAAAUCAAUGCCAGAAGAUGCGAAAGGUCAGGACUGGAUUGCUUUGGUAAAAGCAGCCACGGCUGCUGCCAAAAGCAAAGGGGCCUGCAAGCCUCGAACCAGUGCCAACAGCAACAAGGACAAGGAGGCCAGGAGGGAGGAGGACUCUGACAGUGAAUCUGAUGAGGACACAGACUCGGAAGAUACGGAUGAAGAUCUGGACUCUGAGAAAUCUGUUACCUUGGAAUCUGCUGUUGAGGAAGAAGUAAAGCCAUCACCUGAGCGGCUGGAGUCAGCAAAAAUGAAACGGAAAAAAACUAAACAGGGGAGUUUAUUCAACUCCAAGAGAGCUCGCCUCAGCAAAAAUACAGGGCUUUUAGUCUCAAAGGUAGUAAGUGAGGAUGAGAGCUUUCACAAGGAAGAGCAGGCUGACCUUCCUGGGACAUCUGAAGAGGGCCCUGAGGCAGGAGGGGAGGAGCCAGGAACGCCGGAGGACUGUGUCCAGAUGCCAUCUUCCCAGAGACACGCCCCUGUCAUGGCAGGGUCUCACUGCAGGGCUGGGAGCCGGCGGCUCCGAGCGGAGCCUGGAGAAACUCACGGCUGCCAGAAACAGCCCAGGCCCUGCUCCUCUGCCACAUCCACAGGAGGGGCCGUAGUACUGGCAGCCCCCAUCCUGGUGCCCAGCCCCCCCAACAUCACUCAUGCUGGACUUCCUGUGACGGCUCCCCCCAGCUCUCCCCGAGCGACAGAGCAAAGCCAGCGACGGAGACGCUCUCAGCGCCUGGCCACUCCCACCCCCGAGUCCCUGCUCGAGCCCGUGAACAGCGGUCUCCCUGCCUCUGAGGACAGAAUGGCUCAGUCCAGCCUGGGGGCUCCUCAGACUCAGCACAUUGACAAUGUGGAGAAGUCUGUGGAGUUGCCCCUUUCUCAUCUCAGUGUAGUUGUACCACCAGAAACAUCCCUCCUACCACCUCAUCCUCCAAUCACAGUGAAAGACGAGCAGACUGACACCUCCUUAUCCAAUCAGAUGGUCCCUGGUAUGAAAUCAUCCCCUACGGCUGCAGCUGCUGGGCCGAAGGUUACUGCCAGGACUCCCAAGCCCAACAAACACACCAGAGAACCCAUAAUUAACGUAAGAAGGAGCGAUGACCCCACAUCUCCGAAUGAGCCCCUCUUUGAUCUGGACCACAACAAGUUCAAGUGUCAGGUCCCGGGCUGUUCGAAGGCCUUCCGCAAAGCCAAGCUUCUGGACUACCACCUGAAGUACUACCACAGCGCCGACAAGGAGGUGGAGUCGGAGGCGUGGUCACCUGACAGGGCGGGGCGAACCCGGGCCACGUCUGCCACCGUGCCCACGAGCACCCUGCUGCUGGAGAACCCCGACAACAGGCGCCGCAGGACUGUCUCCACCUCCUCCUCGCUCUCUCCUCCCACUCACAUUGUGCCGCUCGAGUGUUUGGGUGGUUGUUCCAGACCCCCCAAAUUCAGCAAGAAGAAGCGCUCCUCUGUCUCGGUCAGUUCGGACAGUUCCGAGGUGCCGCUCCCUCUUCUGUCCCGGGAGAGGAGCUUGGAGAACCUGCACGAUAAGGUGAUAAAGAAGGUGAUCGAGAAGGACCCCCACAUGGAGCCAGGACUCAUAAAAACUGAGAAAAAGAUCAAGCUUGAGGACAAAUGUCAGCCAACUGGGAAAAAGAAAGAGAAGGACAAAGAACGGAAAGACAAAAAGGAAAAAGACCCUUUUAAAAUUAAACUAAAGAAAAAGAAAAAGAAGAAAAAGAAAUCAAAGCAGCACAGUUACUCAGACUUUGAGGACAUAUCCCUGGCCUUCCUGGAGAGGUGCUCCUCCAGCAGCCCCUUCGCCCUGCACAGCAGCGCCCCCUCCAAGCACAGCACCUUCCAGUACCCCCGUGCCCUCCUGUCUGUGGACCUGACCGGAGAGAACCUGUCGGACAUCGACUUCCUGGAGGACUCGACCACGGAGAGCCUGCUUCUGAGCGGGGAGGAGUACGGCCAGGAUUUGGACUCGCUCACCAUGGACGACUUUCAGGAGGAGGACGACGACGCCAACGAGAUCGUGCGCUGCAUCUGCGAGAUGGACGAGGAGAACGGCUUCAUGAUCCAGUGUGAGGAGUGCAUGUGCUGGCAGCACAGUGUGUGCAUGGGCCUGCUGGAGGACAGUAUCCCUGAGCAGUACAUCUGCUACAUCUGCAGGGACCCCCCAAGGCAAAGGUGGAGUGCCAGAUAUCAGCACGACAAAGACUGGCUGAACAGGGGACACAUGUACGGCCUGUCCUUUCUCUCAGAGAACUACUCCCACCAGAACGCCCAGAAGAUAGUCUCCACCCACCAGCUGCUGGCGGAUGUGUACAGUGUGAAAAAGGUGCUCCACGGCCUGCAGCUCAAAAUGGAGAUAUUACAAAACAAACACAAUCCUGACUUGCACUUAUGGGCACGGUCGUGGGUGAACUCAGAGGAGGACCAGCCCAUGGAGGGAGUCCCGGACUGCAUCCACUUCCAGGAGCACUUGGCCGACCCCCUGAAUCAGAACUCCAACCUGGAUGCCUACAUCGCCAGUGAGCACAGUUACCAGAAGCCCCCGGGCCUCGGCCUGGGCCCCUGGCCCAUCGCUGACCCCCUCAGCCUGGGGGGCGAGGAGGGGUUUCGGCUGGAGGAGGGGCCGGAGGUGGUGGCCGAGACCUGCCCCCACACCCCACCGUUUGGACUGAAGGAGGAGGAGGAGAGCACUGCCAUCACUGUGUCCGGCUGUUUGGCUGAGACUCGUACCGACUCAGCCGAACAGGCCCGCAGCUGCCUGCAGUGGCAGCUCAACCUGCUCACCCACAUUGAGGACAUUCAGAACCAGGUGGCCAGCAGGAUGGAUCUCAUUGAGAAGGAGCUGGAUGUGCUGGAGAGCUGGCUGGACUUCACCGGGGAGCUGGAGCCCCCGGAGCCCCUGGCUCGGCUGCCUCAGCUCAAAUGCAGGAUCAAGCAGCUCCUGACGGACCUGGGCAAGGUGCAGCAGAUGAGCUCCCUGUGUUCUGUGUGAGCGCGGGGGGUGGGGGCGGUGCCAGGGGGCACAGGGAGCCCCCCGCCGCUCAGUCACAGUCCUGCCCGCUGACCGAGAUCGCUGUGACAGCCUAUCCCGCGCGUAGGGAAAACGCCAGCUUCCCGUCGAGAAGAGAACAGCAGCCCUCCGACUGUUCUGUGGGGGGGGGGGGCGGAAUGUUCCCUGUACGUGUCAUGAGAAUUUGGAACUAAUAGUGUAAAGGUACAAGGCAAAAUGAGGAAAGUCAAUAGUGUGUUGAGUAUGUUGUAAAGAAACACAGAAUGUGAAUCACCCAAAGGUAACCACAUGAUGUAAUAUUAUAAAAAUAUGUAGACAAAUAAUAUUAACACAGCACAGGUCCGUCACUAUAUUUUUUAAGUAAGCAAGAAACAAUAGUUUCUUCUCUUUUAACAGUAGUAAUUACUGAUCACAGUGAUUAUUACUUUUAAUAGUAAUAAUUUAACAGUAAUACUUGCUGAUCACAGUAAUGUUCUGUCACCUCUAUUAAGGGAAGAGGGAAUGUUUGUAUUUGAAAUGUAUAUCCACGGCCGCAGACUUAAACACUACACUGAGGGUCUUGGAGGGUGGAGUGGACAAAGGGGAAAUGAACUAAAACAGUAUAGGAGGGGCGUUAUCUCAACUGCCAUUAACAGUGCGUCAGAGUGUGUGUGUGUGCGUGGGUGGUUGCGUGUGUAUGUAUGUGCGUGUGUGUGUGUGUCUAUGCUUGCGCGUGAGUGAUUUCAGCCACAGUGCGUCCAUCCCCUUGAGUGUGUGGUUAUCCCAAAAUUCUGAAAGAGAGAUUUAUUCUGGAAACCGUUUUGGUCAGAAUUAUGCAUUUAUAACCAUUUUAUUGUUCAAAAACCGAAUGGUUAUUUAUGCUUUGUGCCAAGAAUAUCCAGUUCAGAAAUAACAGUGUUCUCAUGUUUGCUAGAGUGAGCAUAGAAAUAAGGAGAAUAAAGGUGUACAGAAAUUUGAAAAUGAAAGGCAUAUAUGCUAAUCAUAGGAUGAACUGUCUUGCAAGUGGAAUGGAUUGGAUCGGUCACUGUUUCAUGCCAUACAGUAUGCUACUGCCUCUUCUCCCUCUCGCGAACACAGUCUAGCCACAGUAAGCUGGAUGUAAAUAAAGUUAAACAAAAGUGUUGCAGUUUUGAACAAUGUAUGUACAGUUUUAUAACUGUAAAGCUAAAAAAAAAUGUAGGCAGACUAUAAAAAGAAGUUUACUUGAAGAAAAUGCCUGUGUUAAUUCCAGCAUUUCUGAUGAUCUGUAUAAAGUGUGUUUUAGAACUGGUAGGUUAUAAAACUUGAAGUUGAUUUUCAUUUGCAUAUACCAGCUGUACAUUAAGAAUUUAUUUAAAAGAAAACUACAAAAUUGACUGUUUAUGUAAUUUACUAUAUGUAAAACUGUUCAUUAAAUUUACUGUAUAUUUAC